AUGAAAAGUGUUUCGUUUCUAACGGCCGUAUUUACCAUUCCCUAACGGACUGUUAAAUUAUUCAACACAAUCAUUAUUAAAUCCCUUUUUAGUAUCCACCAUCAACACAUCAUAGCAAACAGUCUGUUAAAGUCAUGGAUAAGUUAACAGCGCGAUGUUGGACUGAAUCUUCGGAAACAGACACGAGUGACAUUGAAGAUAUCCCUAGAGAAAGAAUUGUAAGAACUAGGAGGUCUCCCUUGAUUGAACUAGAUGAUUUGGAGUUCAGAAUCAGAUUUAGAAUGAAUAAAAAUACAUUUAGGCGACUGGAAACUGUAUCCCAAAAUGUUACAGAACCGAUAAAUGAAAGGAACCAGCCAAUCUCAAAAGAAAACCAAAUCUGAUAUGGGGGCUAAAACUUGAAACUACGUGUGAGGUUAUUGUGGC